GGGCUAUAAAAGAAAGCUAUCCGGACAGGUGCCACGCAUCAGUUGUACGGUGUCUGCUGCUGCUCUUUCCAGUUCCUCCACUUUUUUAGCCCGUCAAUUUUUCUCGCUUCUUCCUGGCCGAUCUCUUUUUUUGAAUCGCCACGAAACUCAACAUCGUUGACUCAACUCUGAAUUUUUCUAAAACGAUUUUACUGUUCGUUCGUCCAAGAUUUCAACUGCGCCGUUGUUUGUUGGUCAACGGGGAUUCCUCGUGAAUUUUUUGGCUCGUCUCACAAUCGCCGGAAGUUGGUAUUACACGUAGAAUUUUCAUUUCCCCCACACACCCGUAGACAGACUUGGGCCGUCCUCUCACCGCGAAAUCUCAGCAAAGAUGCAUCAGCUGUCGGCCAAAUUAUCCCAUCUCUCGAUCGCUUUGUUUGUCCUGCUCGUUUCUUUCGCCACCGACGCCCAAUCAGCUCCUCCGUCAAUAUCUUCCAAUAACCGACCGGAAGCCCAGAUGUCGAUCCAGGAAAUGGAGAAAUUUCUUGAGGGCCUGACCCGGUACUUGCACCGACAGCAUUUGGACUUGCCGAAAGUGCAUCAGCAAUCCCAGGAAGAGCAGCAACCUGGCAGCUACGAGGCGGAUGCUAUCGACCGUUCCGGCGACAUGUCUGCGCCUACCGAGGCGGAGAGAUCGUCUUCUUCUUCUUCCUCUUCCGAAUUGGCCAAUCAUUUCCUGUCCCAUCCUCGCCCGCCGAUGGCCAAUAAAUGGCCCUGGUCGUUGAGUCACUUGGAGAGGAUCGAAGACGACCCGGACUUCAAAGAGCGCCAACAACCUUACGCCAAACGCAAUUCCGAAUUGAUCAACUCGCUACUCGGCUUGCCGCGUUUCAUGAAAGUCGUCGGAUGAAAAAUCAACUACAAAAAAAAAUGGCGGGGUGGGGAGAAGAAAAAAAAAUCUAUCGAGCACUAGGGAGGGAUCGAUACAAAUAUACUAUAAUUUCCAUCCUAUUAUCUUCAAAUGUUAACAAAAAAGAAAAACAAUAAAAUUUAAAAAAAAAAAAGAAAUAAAGAAUAGCUAGAGUAUUAUAUAUUUAACCACCCAUACAUUCCAGUUAAAAGCAAAAAUAUCAAAUGAUGUACUUUUUAUGCAUGCCACGAGACCUAGUACUAACUCCACCUCUUCCGCUUUCCGCAAGCGCCACAUGACAAUCGUUUCUAUAAUAUCCUAUUCCUAUCAUUAUUACGAUCGCCGCAUUUUGUAGAUUGCGACGGAAUUUAAUAUUUCAUUGUCUCCGUUAUCGAUGGCGCACCUAAAUAUUAAACAAAGAAUUAAAAGGGUCAACCAUGAAAUGAAAAUCUAAUAAAAAAUAACCUACAUGAAUUAUUGGUUAACCUAAUAAACGAUUAACUGUAA